GAUCAUCCUUCUUCCUUGUCCUUGGACUCUUCUUCACGGGCAAAAGUCGGACGUGAGAUCAGACUGUUGAAAGUAGUUAAAUCCACAGGCGCGGAUAGACUUCUUCAAACUCUUUAGAUUCGGGGGACCUGCUCUCGUAAAUGACCUGCGCAACUUCCGAAGCUGUGGAGGUCGGAAACUGUCCCAACAGAUUGGAGGCGCUCCGUUAUGAUCCCUAUUUUCAAUGGGGCUCACCUUCCGAAUAUGUAAAUCUUAGAGAGCUCAGUCUGGUCUCAAUUACCUAUAGGAUACUCACCUCCGUCGCACAUCAUAGACUUGCUGGCACCAUUAAAGUCAGAUUCGUGAGGAGUAAACCGGGUUUCGUUGAUUCUGUGGCUGUAUUGCUCAUAUCUGCACCUUGUGUCAGGUGUUGCAGCACCGCCAUUUGUUGGCGAGCCAUCGUAGCCCUGUUUUUCGAUAUCAAAGGUGCUUUCAAUUCUGCUGAUCAAUGUACCUUUGGGACUCUGUACUCAGGAAAAGUGUGCCCGAACAAUAAACAAAUAUUCUCAGAGCGCUUUACACGCGUAGCUCGGGCAGAGUGAUUGAUUUCGG